AUGCCCCCAGUUCAAGGCUUUAGAUCUCGACGGAAGGUGGAAAGCGAUUCGAUCGAAAGGACUUUGCAGAACCUGCUUGAUUCCACAUCGGAAAUGGCCGUGCCGUUCGGGCAAGGAGUGUGGAGUGGAUGGCUACACUCGCGUCUGGAGUCAACGGGUGAUGCGAAGACUAGCGAAAACGUCGCUCGACAAAAUUACCAUUCAGUGAACAAAUUCUCUCUGUUUCGCUAUCUGCCCGUAACACUCGAAGGGAACGGAAAGAAAGUGAAUACGUUUGCCUUUCUGGAUGACGGAAGUGAGUCUACGUUAAUGGAGUCUGGACUUGCAGCGGAACUGGACGUCAGCGGCCCCGAAGAACCUUUCUGGUUAGGCUGGACUGGGAAUAUAUCUCGAGAAGAGAAAGGUUCCCAGCGAAUCUCAGUAGCGAUUUCGGGAACAGGACUGAAAAGCCUAUUCCGACUAAACAACGUACGCACGGUGCAGUCUUUAAAGCUACAAAGUCAAUCACUCCCAUACCUCGAACUUCAGAAAAUGUAUCCACACCUGAGAGGACUCCCGUUGCGCAGCUACACAGACGCGGUACCGAGGAUCAUCAUCGGCAUCGAGCAUGCGCAGAUGCUUACGACUUUGAAAGUGCGAGAAGGCGGUGCAAACGAUCCAAUUGCAGCGAAGACGCGGCUAGGCUGGUGCGUUUACGGAAAACAGGUCGACGGUGGAUGUACAGUUUCCAGGCUUAAUUCCCAUUCCGACGAGAUCGGGAACCGAGAGUUACACGAGCAGAUGAAGCAGUAUUUCAACAUCGAGCAAGCAGCGGUGGCUACUCCACUAGAGUCAGAGGAGGACAAAAGAGCUCGCAGAAUACUGGAGAAAACAACUAGAAGGGUCAAUGGCGGGUUCGAGACCGGACUCCUGUGGAAGUAUGACCAUCCAUUGUUCCCAAACAGCUAUCCACUUGCGGUGCGCAGGAUGCAGUCAUUGGAGAAGCGGCUGGCCAAAGAACCAGGUCUUAAAGAACGAGUGAAUAAUCAGAUAGCAGAGUACGAGUCGAAAGGAUACGCGCACCGAAUAUCACAAGAGGAAAUUGAGACAACAAAUCCGGAUCGUGUAUGGUACCUGCCACUUAGCAUCGUGAGGAAUCCGAAGAAGCCGGAGAAAAUCCGUCUGAUUUGGGACGCUGCAGCUCGAGUCAACGGCGUUUCUUUCAACGACAUGCUCAUCAAAGGACCAGACAUGUUGACGUCAAUGUUCACAGUCCUGCUACGGUUCCGUCAGCGUUCAGUUGCCGUGUGUGGAGACAUAAAAGAAAUGUUCCACCAAGUUCGGAUCAUCCCACAAGAUAAGCAAUCGCAGCGGUUCAUCUAUCGAGAUCAUCCAGAUCAGUCCCCUCAGAUAUUCGUUAUGGAUGUUGCAACGUUCGGUGCGACAUGCUCACCGUGCUCCGCACAGUUCGUCAAGAACACCAACGCCCAGAACUACGCAUCGCAAUUUCCAAGAGCUGCGGAUGCGAUCGUCAAUGCCCAUUAUGUCGAUGACUACCUUGACAGUGUAGACACAAUCGACGAAGCGGUCAAAUUGGUGAAAGAUGUAAAGUUCGUUCAUGCUCAAGGUGGUUUUGACAUCCGGAACUUCUCAUCCAACUCGGCUGAAGUGUUACAACGUCUGGGCGAGACCGAGAACGUGAAGGAGAAAUCAAUCAUUCUUGAUAAAUCUUCGGUUGACGUAUUCACCUUUGAUACCACUCUGAAAGAUGAUCUUACGAAGCUACUGGUAGAAGGAGACACACCCACAAAACGGCAGGUGUUGAGGCUCGUAAUGUCGCUGUUUGACCCUUACGGGUUCAUCGCCCACUUCAUCAUUCACGGCAAGAUCCUCAUGCAGCACAUUUGGAGAUCUGGAACAGACUGGGACGAAAAGAUUGUGGAUGAGCUCCACGAUCUGUGGAAGGACUGGACACGUCUCUUGAUGCAAUUGGGCGAAGUAGAGGUUCCCCGCUGUUUCUUCGGUACGGCAAAUAGUAAACUGCACAGUGGGAUACAGCUUCACGUGUUCGUCGACGCAAGUGAGUUAGCGUAUGCUUGCGUUGCAUAUUUGCGUAUCGUCCAUAAUGGUAAAGUGCGGUGCGUGUUAGUUGCAGCGAAGACGAAGGUGGCGCCGCUUAAACCGCUCUCCAUCCCUCGCUUGGAGCUGCAAGCCGGCCUGAUAGGCAGCCGAUUGCUGAACAACAUCUGUACUGCCUUGGAUCUGCCAAUAGAAAAGCGGUACGUUUGGACAGAUUCCAGAACAUCUCUCGCGUGGAUUCGCUCGGAUAGUCGCCGCUAUCAUCCAUACGUGGGCUUUCGUGUCGGCGAGAUCCUUAAUUUUUCCACCGUCGAUGAGUGGCACUACGUUCCAUCGAAACAGAACGUGGCUGACGACGCCACCAAGUGGGGAGUUGGACUUAGCUUCAGUGCAAGUAGUCGUUGGUACACGGGUCCGGAUUAUCUUUCCUUGCCAGAGAACGAAUGGCCAGAGCAGCCGGUGAAACAAUUGAUGACCGAUGAGGAGCUACGUACUGGACUGCAGCAUCAUCGAGAAAUGUCGCAGCCUCUGAUUGACGUGAGAAGAUUCUCGAAUUGGAACCGCUUGUUACGCACGACGGCGUAUUUGUUGCGCGCAGUGAAGAUGUUCCGAACGCGAGGCCAAUCUGGACCGCUAACCAGCGAGGAGUUGCUGCAGGCUGAAAGCUUGUUGUGGCGACAGGUGCAGUAUGAAACAUUCCACGACGAGUACUGUGUGCUGGAGUUCAACAAAGCGAAUCCUGAGAAAGAGCAGAAGCGAAUCGAGAAGGGCAGUCCAUUGUACGAACAGUCACCGUUUAUGGAUGAUGUGGGCGUGAUAAGGAUGAAUAGCAGGAUUGGUGCUGCUUCCACCGUACCCUUUGGAACGAAAUAUCCGAUAAUUUUGCCGAAAGAUCACUAUCUGACAGCUCUUCUGGUCGACAGUUACCACCGGCGAUACAAACAUCAGAACCGUGAAACUGUUUUCAACGAAAUACGUCAGCAAUUUCGUAUCCCGAAGUUGCGGCCUCUGAUCCAACGGGUAGCCCGGAACUGCCAGAGUUGCAAACUUCAGAAGUCAACACCACGACCACCGAUAAUGGCACCACUUCCGAAGGCCCGGUUGACACCCCACAUCCGGGCGUUCAGCCACACCGGCGUCGACUACUUCGGCCCAAUCCUGGUAAAGCAGGGUCGCAGUUUGGUGAAACGCUGGGUUGCACUCUUUACGUGUCUUACUACACGAGCGGUGCACCUGGAGAUAGUGCACAGCCUUUCAACACAAUCCUGUGUGAUGGCAAUCCGCCGAUUCGUUGCGCGCAGAGGAUCCCCGUCCGACCUUUACUCAGAUAACGGGACCUGCUUUCGCGGAGCUAGCAACCUGUUGACGGAGCAGAUGGAAGCUAUCCACGAACACUGCGCUGUGACCUUCACCAAUGCUAGAACGAGCUGGCACUUCAAUCCCCCAUCUGCACCUCACAUGGGGGGCUGCUGGGAACGGAUGGUGCGUUCGGUGAAGGCAGCUAUGGGGGCCAUCUCAGAGCAUCCUCGUCAUCCAAGUGACGAGAUUCUAGAGACUGUAGUAUUGGAAGCCGAAGCGAUCGUGAACUCACGACCGCUGACCUACGUACCACUCGACAAUGAAGAUCAAGAUGCAUUAACACCAAAUCAUUUUCUUCUGUACGGCUCAAGUGGUGUGGUGCAACCACGGACUUCACCGAUGACGGACGGCGCCACGCUACGGGACAGCUGGAAACUCGCCCAGUAUCUAGCAGAUUUGUUUUGGAAACGCUGGGUUCGUGAGUAUCUACCGACGCUGACUAGACGGACUAAGUGGUUCGAGCCUGCGAAGCCUAUGGGACCCGGAGAUUUGGUCAUUAUCAUCGACGAAAACAAGCGAAAUGGAUGGAUACGAGGACGUAUCGUUGAAGUCACACGAGGCAGGGACGGUCAAGUCCGAAGUGCAGUUGUAAGGACCGCAGAAGGGUGUAUGAAACGACCAGUAGUAAAGUUAGCGUUGCUAGAUGUUUGCGGAAACCAGCAGGGAGGACCCCCGGAACUACACGGGAGGGGGGAUGUUGAGAACCGCCCAUCUUCCAACACUGCCGAAGGUGGUGUAGAUUCCGGUCGCUCCCCGAUAGCUGUCAACGCGACAGCGGUGGAAAACGAAUGUCAGAAGAAAGAGGACAGACAUUGA